AUGAACCUUCAACUCCAUUUAGAAGAUGUCAAAUACGAGCAGUUCCAGCAUGGAGCCCUGAGGUACCCUGCUGGUGACGGGUCUUGUACUGGUGGUGUUAUCACCAAUCCUGAUUUCGUGGGUCUUCUUUGUGGGCAAGCUGUUAAUCCCAUGAGUUAUGUAGGGAUUUAUGCCCAGUUCAUUGAGUUUGUCAACUAUCCAGAGUGGAAUAUUGUAUCCAGGGACUCCUGUAAGGAAAAACAAAAGGUUAAACAUUGUUUAUCACAAGAAGUAAUUACAGUUAAGAAAGAUGAGUUUCUUACCUUAGUAACGCAUGCAUUACAGGUAGUGAAUCCUGGUGAUCAGCAGCCAUUACAGGUACAGUUUCAGAAACUUCAACAGUUACAGCUGGCACAGACCCGGGCUCAGUACUAUGGGGGUUCUUUGCCAAAUGUUAACCAGAUUGGAAAUAAUACAACUGAUUUUCAAAACACCUGCCAUCCUUUAGAUAAUGUCCGUAGAACUCGUCAUCAUGGAUUAGUGGAGAGAGUACCGCGGAAUCGUCUUGGUUCUCCACACAUACGGCCUGUGGACAGGCAUGUGCGACAGUUAGACAGUUCGCCAUAUGCAAAUGUUUACCUUUCACCGCCUCCUGACAAUAACUGGAGAAGGCACCAGUCUCCCUGGAGUGAAGAGAAACGACCAGGAUUUAAACUAAUGUCUACACUUAACAGGACAAACUCGGACUCGGCCCUGCAUACGAGUGCACUAAAUCCCACCCCACAAGAUCCAUUUGAGGGAGGGAACCAGACAGUUCUUCAGGCACCACGACCUCCACAACGCAAUGCUAGCUUACAUGAUGGGGAGCUUGAUGGCACUGGAGAUGUCUUUUCCUUCCCUGGCCCCAUCUGUGACGAUGGAUUGCUGAAUUGCAACAGACUUCUGCCCAAGCAGCUGUGGGAGGCGAAAAGGGUACAGUCGUUGUCUUCACGGCCCAGGUCCUGUGAAGUUCCAGGAAUAAAUGUCUUUCCGUCUUCACAGCAGAAUGCUGGGCUAUCACAUUUCCAGGGGACUUUAAACUCUGGUGGAUCUCUACCCGAUCUCACCAAUCUGCACUUUCCUUCCCCACUGCCGACCCCGCUUGACCCUGAAGACGCAACUUUCUCCAAUAUUAGUGGAGGAAACAGUACAGGAAAUCUACCAGCAGCAUUGACGCAACUAGGGAUCAGCAAUUCUCCAGGUGUGUCCUCGUUGAGCAAUCCUUCGAUACAAGCAUCAUUGAAUAACCCAGUCAUGGCAUCUCCUUUGACAAGCCCUGCACUUCAGUCUUCCCUUGCCAGUUCUUCCCUACAUCCCUCAUUACGCCUUUCAUCCUUAAGCAACCCCUCUCUUCCCACAGCAUCUCUGAGUAGCUCACCACGUCGUCGCCAUACUCCUGUUAGCCCCCUUACCCUUUCACCUGGAACAGAGCCUCACAAGACACAGAGCAAGCAAUAUUCACCCACCUUUCAAGAUAAAUUGCCUUUGUCCACACAGGGUAUUUCAGUAGACAGAAGCCCUUUACCCUUGGAACCCCCACCACCUUACCCACUUUACCAACAGCAGCAGUCCAUUGAGCAGCAGCAGCCUCACCAGUCUCAAGAAGGAGAGAAGCAGCAGCAACAACAACCAGUAUCUCCCCUGCAUCAGCAACAGCCAGUGUCUCCUCUGCACCAGCAGCAACAACCAGUGUCUCCUCUGCACCACUUGUCUCUUGAUUUAAACUGUACCAGUACCCCCCCUUUGUGUGGAUUUUUCAAUGACUCUAAUUUCGAUCAACAGCUGACAGCCAGGCAAGCCAAAGCCCUUUCUCAACAGCUGGAGCACUUUAACAUGUUGGAAAGUCCAAUUAAUAGCCUGCCCACCAGUUGCACUUACUUUGACCCAAGUUCAAAUCUCAGCUAUUCCCAAGCAAUGAUGAUGGGUUUAGGUGGAAGCCAUGGCAAUUUACAAGAUUCAUUUCAGCUGAAACCAAGCUAUCUAUAUUCAAACUGUGGAGGGAGUGGCCCAAAUAUUAUAUUGACAGAUGCUUCAUCUCCAGUGCUUUCAAAACACAUGAACAGUUUACUUGCAGGUGUCCCGGAAGUCACAUUUGAUGCAGAUGCACAGUUUCAGUUGGAUGAUGAUCUCAAAAUUGAGCCUUUGAGUUUGGACGGACUAAGCAUGCUCAGUGACCCUGAUAUGGUUUUGCCUGACCCUUCAGUGGAGGACACAUUUCGAUCAGAUAGAUUGUAGUUCUCAGUUUACAGAAGCAUACCACGUUUGGAGUUAAAUUCCUCAUAUACUGGUAUAUAUGUCUACAAUGCAUUUUUAUUAGGUGCUCCUUAAACAGGACAUAAAUUAGACAAGCAGAAAUUAGAGCUUAUCUGACUGAUGAAUUGAAGAAGAUUCAUUGUUACAUGUAGACAAGAUGGCCAUUUUGGAGACCCUGUGCCUCAUUCAUGGUAGCCAUUUCUGCCAGCUGCGUCUGUCAGACUUCAGUUUACAGAAUAGCAGUCUUCAAGUCAAGUUCUACAACUGACCGACAGCACAUUGGAUGCCUUUUAUUGACACUUAUCUUUGGAAAGCUGGCAAAUUAAUCCUUUCGUACAUGGAUUUAAGUAAUGUCUGAGAUGCAGGAAUUUGGAAAGCUGUUAUUGAGAUUUUGUACCACCAGCUGCUAGCUUUCAUUUGAUGAGUGCUAAGUCAAAAUGUAUUGUGAAAAUGACAUUAAUGUUCUGUGUCUGAAGAAAGUAUUAGCAAGAUCAAAAUCACUGAUAGGAAAGGCAUUGGGUACACAUAAUUUAGAACUGUCUUGUGAAGAUCCUGUUAAAUGACUGUUUCAAAAUAUUUGUGUACAUGAGUUGAAGCACUAGCCAGUUGUUACAGAAUUUUGUGGCAUUGCUAAGAUCGGAGUAGUUAAUAGUCACAGGACAGAUUGGAUUAUUUCCUUGCCUUUCUCUUCACCCUUCUUGAUGGCCACGUUUUUACAUAUUUGUAUGUAGAAGUGUUUAUCGUUGCCUUCAGUGAAAUGUUUUGAUAUUUUCAUACAGUACUUGUGAGCAAGAUCUCCACCUAGAAAUGUCUUGCCAAACUGUAAGAAAAAUGGUAUGCUUAAUUACCUUGUACCGGUUUCUUGGCAAUAUUUUAAAUGGUUUAUAGUGGUGGCAAACUGGAUUUGCCUAAAUGUCCGUGGUAUCAAAGUAGAGCUGGUUGCACAUGUAAGAACUCUGGAAAUGCCACAUACUGUUCAGACUGUCUAUUAAAACUACAUUGUCUUUAGCCUAGAAUUUCCCACCAUGAUUCUUAACGUCCUUUACACUAGUGGUGGUAGCAGUAGCCUGAAGGUAUUUUACAGUAUACUUUUCUGGAGAUAGUCAUUUCAUCACUGGGGUAAUCACCAUAGGAAGAGUCUGGUGGUUGUAUUAAGUUGUCUGUCCAGCCCAUCACUUGAUAACUCAUCUGGCCUGUAUACAUCUGUAGGUCAUUAGCUGUGAACUAUUUAAACAUGCAAGUAAAGAUCCAAACUGGUGGCAAGUUCACUUUUUCUCAUGUUGUAAGAAGUGUCUUGCAUCAUUUUGAAUCAUAUUAAUGUAUGUAUUUAUGUCAUAUCUGAGUAUCUGCUUUUCUUCAGAUUACUGAAAUAGUUGUAUUACAACUGGAACAUUUCAUUUGCUCCUGUUACUUGAUGACUACAUCAUGUUCUACUUCAGUAAUGUUGUGAGCAAGUACAGAAUUAUGUCACUGCUAAAGAUUGAGAAGGCGCAAACAGCACCACUUAUUUUAGUCCUGUAUUCGUUAACAGUUCUGUAAAAUGCUCAAGUAUAAAAGGAAGGCCAACAGUAAACAAGCUAAAUUGCAUUCAGACAUUUUUUUUAAUUUUCCCAUUUACACUGAAUCUCUUUUAAAGGCAAGCAUCUAAUGCGUCUAGAGACAGACAAGUUUGCUAUUGAAUUGAUGUUACACCAGCACUGCCAUUAGUUGGUGCACUGUUUUACAGUGUUCUUUUUAGUAAAUGUGGUUAGCCCAUAUAAAAUAGCAGCAUUUCUUUGUAAACAUAAUGGAACUGUUAUCACAUAAUACAUUUUUGCAACGAAGUACAUUUUGAACAAGUAUGGUGUAUUUUAAGAAUUGAUUGCCAUGAAACAGCAAUAAGGAAGCAUUGCACCAAAUUAUUGUCUAUUUAUAUGUUUAGAUGGAACUGGGAAGGCCUUUUUUAUUAUCAGUGUGGACCAACAGUUUGAGGGUUGGACUAUUUUUGUAGUUUUACUCUAGCUAUAUUUUUAAAAAGGUCAAAAUGUUUAUAGUGAGCAGUGAUAUAGCUCCAUAAAAUAUGAAUUAUAGAUUUUGCUUUCUAAAGUUUAUUUUUAAAUAUUCAGAUAGCAUUAAAAUAACUAAAGUUUGUCAUAGUUAACCACAAAAUCUUCAUGAUUGAAGAACUUGUGCAAGAGAUGGCAUGGUUGGGGGCUUGUAGGGUUUUAAAAAUGUUCUUACAGAUUGUUAAACUGUCUUGCACAUCCUAUUAUAUAUAUAUGUUGUACAUAUAGCACACAUACAUGUGAGGUAUGUCAGAACUUUUAAUUCCACAGUUGCCUUACUAGACCUUAUAUCAUCAUUUACUGAACUACUUUUACCAAAAAUUCCUUUUUCUAAUUUAUUCUCAAUGCUCCAACUGUAAUACACUGAUUUAUAAUCAGUCUGUAACUACUAAUUUUAUUAAUUUUUCUUUAUUGUGAAAAUAUUGUUUUGUUGGUGUCUUUUUGAUGAUUUGUUUAAAAUGUACAGCUCUCUAUUUAAAAUGCUAAGACUCUUUA